UGCGCAGUGACUACCGGGAGCAAUUCCGCAGUGGUUGCUGGGAUCGCGAUGAUGUGGCCCCCCCCGUCCCCCUCCCCUUCCCGUGAUGUCGGAAGAAACCCGACAGAGCAAAUUGGCUGCGGCCAGGAAAAAGUUGAGAGAGUAUCAGCAGAAGAACAGCCCUGGUGUUCCUGCAGGAGCGAAGAAGAAAAGGAAGAUUAAAAAUGGCAGUAACCCUGAGACAGCCACUGGUGAUGGUUGUCACACUCCUGAGGAUAUUCAGGACAUUCUGAAGGUGCUGGUGUCCGACCUUAACCGCUCCAAUGGGGUAGCGCUCCCCCCAUUGGACAAGUGGAAGGCGCCCAAAGACCGCGCCGCUCCUGCUGCACCAACUGUUGAUGACACCGUGUCACCUGGCGGUGUCCCUUCCCCCUGUGCUAGUCCCCCCCGUGUCACUAGCAUGGCAUCAACUCAGACCCAUGAUGCAAAAAAUGAACCUUUUCUCAUGGAAGAAAGCAAAUGUCUGUCAUCUACCGAGAGCCUGCGACAGCUUUCUCAGCAGCUCAAUGGUCUUGUGUCUGAGUCUUCAUCCUACAUCAAUGGGGAGGGCCUGGCUACUUCUGCUAACAUAAAGGAUCUGGAGAGCCGGUACCAAGAGCUAUCACUAGCCCUGGACUCCAGCAAUCUAACAAACAAACAACUCAGUAGCAAGAUAGAGGAAUUGAAACAACAGCACCAGGAAACUUUGGAUCAACUGGAAAAAGAGAAGAAGGAGUUUGAGCAGAAGCUUAUGAAGGAACAGGGUUCUCUAAGGGAACAGCUACAGGUUCACAUCCAGACCAUAGGGAUUCUGGUGUCUGAGAAGACCGAUUUACAUACAGCCUUGGUCCAUACACAGCAGGCAGUCAGGCAGAAAGCAGGAGAGUCUGAAGAUCUUGCUAGUCGCCUGCAGUCUUCCCGCCAGCGCGUAGGAGAGCUGGAGCGCACGCUGUCUGCUGUCUCUACACAGCAGAAACAGGUGGACAAGCACAACAAGGACUUGACCAAAGAGCGAGAUGCCCUCAAACUGGAAUUAUACAAGAACAACAAAGACAACGAGGACCUAAAGGAGCAUAACUCGGAGCUGGAAGAGAGGCUGCGUGUCUGUAUGAAAGAGAAGGAGGCCCUGCAGCUUGGGGUGCAGGAGCUGGAGAAGAAGCUGGAGAUGUCGGAGCUCCUGCUGCAGCAGUUUUCUAGUGGGUCUAAACCCCCCGACAGCAACCAACAGUUACAGCAGGCCCUGGAAGAACGGGCACGGCUGGAGACACGUGUGGGGCAGCUGAAAGACACCCUCAAGCAUAUGCAGCUGGAGAGAGACAAGUAUGUAGAGAAUCUGAAAGAGGAUAAUGCCUUUUGGCAGGAAAGGAUGAAACAGAUGUCUGAAAAGAUGCAGCAGUUGAAGGAAGAGAAGGAGCACAGCGUGAGUCAGGUGCAGGAGCUGGAGGCCAGCUUGGCUGAACUGAAGAAACAGAUAGAGGCCCCCCCAGCCCAGGAAGCUCCAGCGGGGCCCUCGGAGGUGGAAGAGCGACUGCAGGCGGAGGCUGAACAACUGCAGAAGGAGCUGGAGAACCUGGCAGGGCAGCUGCGGGCCCAGGUGCAGGACAACGAAGGUCUGAGCCGCCUGAACUGGGAGCAGGAGCAGCGGCUGCUGGAGCUGGAGCGGGCCGCCGAGUGCUGGGGGGAGCAGGCUGAGGAGCGCAAGCAGAUUCUGGAAACCAUGCAGAAUGACCGGACCACCAUCAGCCGUGCGCUGUCCCAGAACCGUGAGCUCAAGGAGCAGCUGGCUGAGCUGCAGAAUGGCUUCGUCAGGCUGAGCAACGAGAAUAUGGAGAUUACCAGCGCACUGCAGUCGGAGCAGCAUGUCAAGAAGGAGCUGGCCAAGAAGCUGGGCCAGCUGCAGGAGAAGCUGGCGGAGCUGAAGGAGACGGUGGAGCUGAAGAGCCAGGAGGCCGAGAGCCUGCAGCAGCAGCGAGACCAGUACGUGAGCCACCUGCAGCAGUACGUGGCGGCCUAUCAGCAGCACGUGGCCGCCUUUCAGCAGCUGGCCUCCGACAAGGAGAUGCUGCAAAAGCAGGUGCUGCUGCAGACGCAGCUUAUGGACCGGCUGCAGCACGAGGAAGUUCAGGGCAAGGCGGAGGCCGAGAUGGCCCGCCAAGAGUUACAGGAGACCCAGGGACGCCUGGAAGCUGCCACCCAGCAGAACCAGCAGCUCCAGGCGCAGCUGAACCUCAUGGCUAUGCCUGAGGAAGGAGACGGACUGGACGGUGAGGAGAAGGACGAGGAGGCAGCCCCGCCAAAGCUGAGCAUGCCGGAGGACCUAGAUAGCCGCGAGGCCAUGGUGGCAUUUUGUAACUCGGCCCUAGCCAGUGCCGAGGAGGAGCAGGCACGGCUGCGCGGGCAGCUGAAGGAGCAGAGGCUGCGCUGCAAGCGCCUGGCUCGCCUGGUGGCCCCCGGGACCACCGAGGACAGCGUGCCUGGGGAGACCCACCAGGCCCUCCAGGUGGCCAUGGACAAGCUGCAGAGCCGCUUCCUGGAGCUCAUGCAGGAGAAGGUGGAUCUGAAGGAGCGGGUGGAGGACCUGGAGCAUCGCUGCAUCCAGCUUUCUGGAGAGACGGACACCAUAGGAGAGUACAUUACCCUCUACCAGAACCAGAGGGCCGUGCUAAAGGAGCGGCACCGGGAGAAAGAGGAGUACAUCAGCCGACUGGCUCAGGACAAAGAAGAAAUGAAGGUGGGCCCUCCGUCCCCCGGGAGCAAAGAGGGGGCGGGGCGGGGCCGGGGUAGAGCUGGGGCUCAGCACCUCUCCCUCCAGGUGAAGCUACUGGAGCUGCAGGAGCUGGUGCUCCGUCUGGUGGACGAGCGAAAUGAAUGGCAGGGCAAGUUCCUGGCCACUGCCCAGAACCCUGCUGGGGAACCCACUACGGCACCCCCAGCCCAAGAGCUUGGCGCUGCCAGUGGCCGGGGUGAUGAUCUUCGAGAAGUGAGCCUGGCCGACAGUGACAGUGCGGAACCUCCCCAGGGAGAGGCCCUGUCACGCCACACUGGAGCUGAGAACCCCACCGCUCAGCAGAUCAUGCAGCUGCUGUGUGAGAUCCAGAACCCCCGAGAACGCCCAGGCUUGGGCAACAACCCCUGUGUCCCCUUCUUCUACCGGGCCGAUGAAAAUGACGAGGUGAAGAUCACGGUGGUCUAGGAGUUAACACUAGCACACAAAGCCUAGACAAGUGGGGCUGGGGGCCUGUCCCUACCACCCUAUCAUUCCUUCCCGACCACCCUUUUAUCCUUAGACUACCAAGAUAAGACCCUCGAGAGGGGUAUGAUGAACCCCCUAACGAGGGAGACAAAUAUGUGCAGACCCCUUGCCACCUUGGCAACGGCUGUAUCUUUAUCUCUGGGCUGUUCACAGUUCCGGAAAAACAAAGAGCCAGAGGCUCAAUAAAUAUAGUUUAUUUAGGAGGUUGCCUCUUUUGGGGAGCAGGGGCUCCCUGGUGGCCUCCUCGCCCCCAUCAGGUAGUCCUUCAUUCAGAGGGGCUCAUGCAUCCUCUCUUCAGAGGCACUUUGGGGCACAAGUGGCCCCCACACUGUCCAGUUAGAUGACUGGGCAGCACUCUCCCAGGCCUUGGGAUGUCAGGGCUAACUGAGACCAAGCAAAGGCGUAAGCUGGUGGCGGGGUGGGCUCCUCCCCAGCUCCCUCCCCAGUGUACAUACUUAUCUGUGUAACAUUUUGUAUAUUCUGGGGAUAGGGCAGCCCCUGUACCAUAGCAGAGGUUUGAACUGGCAAAUGGGGAGAAACUUCUAUUAAAUAUUUGAAUAUAGGGAAACUUAUUUAUUGAUAGCCUAGGACAGAGAGGAAGGGGGUGGGGACGGGGUCCUGCAGGGGUAAUUCGACUCCUGUUUUGCUUUUUAUCUCAGAAUAAAUGGAUUUAGCCAUA